CAUGGGCAUAGCACAGACCAAGCAGACAUGAAGUAUCCAGAAGAACAAGGGUUGUGAUGGUCUGGAGGACGGUCUGUUAAGAGGCUUGGAGCAGAGUGAGCUUUUCCAGUGAAAGAGUCUACACUGAAGCAGUUCUUUUGGCAAAUUAUCCAGCCUCCUUGAGGGAAAACUGGACAGUCCAGAAGGGUUUCCUGCAUCUGGGCCUCCAAUUCAAAGCCCAAGGAUAAGAAGUCAGAACUCUCCACAAAGAAGCCUGAAGACCAUCUCUCUCGUCCCACAAACCAUCAGCCACUGUUAUGAUGGCCUCCCCGGUGAAGUCGUUGAUGAACAGAGGAAUGGAGGCCAGUCCGUUAGAGCUUAGUCUGACUCCUGGAAAAGCAGGGAGCCCCGUGUUGCUGUGCAAAGUAUGUGGCGAUACCAGCAGUGGGAAGCAUUAUGGCAUCUACGCUUGCAAUGGCUGCAGCGGUUUCUUCAAAAGGAGUGUCCGCCGGAAGCUCAUUUAUAGGUGCCAGGUGGGCAGUGGAAUGUGCCCUGUGGACAAAGCGCACCGAAACCAGUGCCAAGCUUGUCGCUUGAAGAAAUGUCUCCAGGCGGGCAUGAAUAAAGACGCCGUUCAGAACGAACGCCAGCCACGCAGCACGGCUCACGUGCACCUUGACUCCACGGACCUGCAUUUGGAACAGCAGCCGGAACGUGUGGCCACCACCCAGGGCGCUCCGACGCCACCCCACCCUUCCCUGCAGAGCCACAGAGUUCCUCCCGGCUGCUCUAUAAGUGGGGUUUUGAGGGCCCAAGGGGUAACCCUCCCCAACAGCCACCGUUUUAUGGCCAGCCUGAUGACAGCGGAGACUUGUGCCAAGCUGGAGCCAGAGGACGCAGAGGAAAACAUCGAUGUGACCAGUAAUGAGCCGGAACACGUGGGGACAGAGGCUCCCCGAUCUCCACACCCCGCCACUGGCCCAGAAAGUGUUUAUGAGAUCUCCGCGCGACUCCUUUUCAUGGCUGUGAAAUGGGCAAAAAACCUUCCAGUUUUCUCAAACCUACCUUUCCGUGAUCAGGUGAUUUUACUGGAAGAAGCUUGGAGUGAAUUGUUCCUGCUUUGUGCUAUCCAGUGGUCUUUGCCUCUGGAAACCUGCCCCCUCCUCGCUUUGUCAGAGCUCACCUCCACCUUCCACGCCAAGGCGGUGUCUGGAGGAACGGAUAUCUGUGCGCUGCAAGAAAUAAUUGCACGCUUCAAAACACUGGCGGUGGAUCCCACUGAAUUUGCCUGUAUGAAGGCAAUUGUUCUGUUUAAACCAGAAACAAGAGGAUUGAAGGAUCCAGACCAGGUAGAAAAUUUGCAGGAUCAGUCACAAGUGAUGCUGGGACAACACACUCAUAUACAUUAUCCUAGUCAGCCAGUCAGGUUUGGAAAAUUACUACUGCUGCUUCCUUCACUGAAAUUCAUUUCUUCGGAGCGCAUUGAGGUUCUAUUUUUCCGCAGAACCAUUGGGAACACCCCUAUGGAGAAGCUGCUGUGUGACAUGUUCAAAAACUAACACGCCUUUUAGAGGAGCAGUUGAAAAAUCUAAGCAGGUUCCUCUGGAUCUGAAAUGCAAGCAGGAGGAGAGAGAUCAGAGAAACCUCUUCAGAAGAUGUUUGGGAUCUGGGCUGGAAGCCUUAAGUGAUCCUAGGCAAUGCUGGUCAUUCAACUAUAAAAGGCAUCCCACAGUACAAAAACUGCUUCAGAUGGACUAUUACAAGGGUCAACAGUGUGUGGAGGGGUGAUACUGUUGAACUGUAGCGUUGAGCGAUUGAAUUGAAUCCAAAGCUAGUCAAACUUACUCUACGUUCAAUGAAAUCAAUAGUACGGUUAAAAAUACAGGUGGUCCUUGGUGUACAACCUUUCAUUUAGUGCAGUGGUUCUCAACCUUUUUAAUGCCGCAACCCCCAACUGGUCAUAAGUCAAGGACUACUCAACUGGUGCAGCACCGUUUGC